CCAGUAACCCGGAAGUGUAUCUAGUAAACAAGUUUCCCUCGGAGCUCCAGGGGAGUGAAGCCGUCCUGUCCUCGCCCUCUCCCCCCUCUCUCUCUCUCUCUCUCAGAUGUCUCAGAUCGAGAUGUUGAGGCUGCUGAUCACGCAGCGGCUCACCGCGGCCGCGGAGGAGAUCUUCGGGGUGUUCGGGAGAACCAUCGCCGAGUACGAGGAGGAGAUCUCCCGCUCCAAGCUGGAGAUCGAGCGCCAGCGCCGGCUGCUGGAGCUCUCCAUGAAGCCGCAGGUCUCCCUGGAGUUCAGCAGCUCAGGAGCUGUCCCGGAGCGGCAGGACUGGAGCUCUGGUCCGGACCUGAACCAGAUAAAACCCCCCAUCAUCAAAGCGGAGGAGGAAGACGAGGAGGAGGAAGAAGAGGAAGAGGUGGAGGACGGGAAGCUGUUGUUAUUCAGUAACAGCGGUAUAAAACACGAGGAGGACCACAUGACGUCCUCGCUCUCAAAGUUCCUGCAGCAGGACCUGGAGGACUCGGAGAUGGACCCCCAGCCGGGCACCUCGGUCCUGCAGAGCUCCUCUGACCCCGACGAGGAAGCGCCCGAAGUGUCAGAUCCUGCUUCGGGUAACGGUCUCCUGGACUGCUUCGACGGGGACCAGCCUCUGUCCGAGGUGGUGGACUCGUACAUCUGCACCAUCUGCGGGCGAGCGUUCGCUCAGCGCGGCCACUGGGCCAAACACGUGCAGGUGCACCGCAAGGUGGGCUCCAAGGCGGACCGCUCGUUCACCUGCGACAUCUGCGGGAAGAGACUGACGCGGUUCGACGGCUACCAGAAACACAUGCGGGUCCACACGGGGGAGAAGCCGUACAGCUGCCAGCAGUGCGGCCGGCGGUUCAGCGACAACUCCAACUACAAACGACACAUUCGUACACACGUGGGACAGAAAGCCCCGCUGCAGAGCUGAGGCUGGGCGGGCGCUCUGAGGGGACGGACUGACCUUAGUGGUCCCAGUGAUGAUUAUCUGAACCUGAGUACGCUGCUUCACUUUUGAUUUAAAGAGUGUUCUCAUGAAGAGGGUCCUUGAAACAGAGAUCAGGUCCCUGUAAAGGUCUCACCUCUCAGAUCUACAGACGUACCCUCUGCUGCUACAUUUUAAAAUGAAUAAGCAUGUUUUUAAGUCAUUCCUCUCAGAACUUUGGUUCAAAGUAACCCGGUUUAAAGGUUAGAUGUUCCUGCAGCUGCAGAAAAACAAACUCUAAAGGCCAAAUUCUACCAGGUCCGUGUCCGGUCCAUCAGAGCUCCAGAUCUGACAGGUUUCUAGUCUAGUCAAUGUGUUAACUUCCACUGGAUCCACUCCGUUGUGUUCCAGGUUGGGUCUCUGAUCCUGCAGGUCUGAGUCCUCCUGAUCAGAUCCACAAGACUUCUAUUGUUGCCGAAUGCCGGAGCACGACGUAUCAAUCUCAACAGAGCAGAUGGAGCGGGACAGGAAGUCAUCCGGGUGAUUUUCAGAAUAAAACAUCAGUGAUUACAGCGAGGGAACCUGGGUCACAUGACUCCAGCUGUCCGGAGGUCCUGAAAACACAACCAGUGGGUGUUGACAGACAAGAGAACACGGAGCCGGACCGCAGCGGAUCUGGUGGGAGUCCCGUGUUAGUGGACUCUCAGUUUGACCUGAAACAUGUUGAAAUCCAAGGUUUGGACUCGCCUUCAUGCUCCUUUAAAACACCUUAAAGUCAGUCUUCAUGGUGAGUGCGCCCGGAGGUUAGAAGUCCAGGUUUUUACCCUCCUGUUUCUGAAACAGAGACCGAUGGAGUCCGAAGAGAGAAACGGUGUUCCCUCUGAGCUAACGUGUCAGCGACCACACAGAGAGGUUUCCUCAGAUCUAAACAAAGACAAAGGGAAGCUUAUAAAGUAUUUUUAUACAUAUUCUAUUUUGACAGCAGACAUUUCUACAGUUUAGAAAACGUGCAGCACUUUAUAGAAACAGCUGUGUUUGACCAUUCUGAAGAAAUAAAGUGAACUCUUUUUAUAAAAACA